AUGCCUCUUUGCGCGGCGUGCCUCUCCCCGAUCCAGCCCCGCGAGGCGCAUGUACUGAUCGGCUGCGCCGACGGGCACGUGGCCCACAGGGACUGUUUGCGGGACUGGCAGCGGACUCCUUGUGCGCGUGGGCUGCGACAGCGCGCGCGUAGCGAUGCGUCGAGCGGCGCCGAGCGGCAAGCAUUUCCAUGCCCGCAGUGCUGCCUCGUCGAGAAGGGCUUCGGCUUCCCGGCCAUCGGCGGCGGCGGCGGCGACGACGACGACGGCGGCGGCGACGCAGACGAGGAGGAGGAGGAGGAGGAGGAGGAGGAGGAGGAGGAGGAGGCGACGGCGCCGGCGUCGGCGGCGGGAGAUGAGGCGGCGUCGCCGUCGGGCGCGGGCGCGGGCGAGCCAGCGCGGCCGGUGGCCGCAGCGAGCGCGCCAGGAGGUGGCGGCGGCUCGGCGGGGGCCGAUGCCUCGGCCGCCCCUCCUUCAUGCUCGGCGGGCGACGGCGACCAGGGGCUAUUCAGUACGGCAUGGGCGGCGGCAGCCGGAGCGUGGGCGUGGCUCGCGUCAAGACAAGGGAAGCGGAGGGCGGAGGAGGAGGAGGAGCAGCCGCUGCCGCCGCUCAAGCGGCAGGCGGGCGGCGGCGGCGGGGCGGGGCCGUCGGCGCUCCCGGCGCCGCAGCUCGCGUCGCGCCCGCCGCCGCCGCCGCCGCCGCCGCCACCCGCGCCUUCCACUGCCGCUGGAGCCGAGGCAGUCCGGCAGGCGGAGAGGGAGGGCCUGGCUCUGGCUACGAGCAGCAGCAGCAACAGCGGCUACAGAGGCGUGACCUUCUACCCGAGUCAGCAAGGCAGCAAGAAGUAUCGGCUGCGGGUGAGCGUUGGCGGCAAGAAGACCUUCCUCGGCCUCUUCGCCACCGCCGAGCAGGCGGCGCUCUUCCUCGCCCGCUGGGAGGCGGGCAGGGACACCAGCGAUCUCACCGCGCCGCCGCCGCCGCCAGCACCUUCCUCUCCCGCUGGAGCCGAGGCAGUCCGGCAGGCGGAGAGGGAGGGCCUGACCCUGGCUACGAGCAGCAACAGCAACAGCGGCUACAGAGGCGUGACCUUCUACCCGAAGCGGUCUUCCGGCACACGGUACCAGCUGAGGGCGACGGUCGGCGGCAAGCAAGCGAGCCUGCUCUUCGGCCCGGGCCCGGUCGCCGAGCACACGCUCCGGCGGCUCUCCGAGCGCGCUUCGGGCUUGGUCGGCGAUGGCCGCAUCGGCCAGGCGGUCAAGACGCAGCGGCGCGUGCUACGAGCAAUGGGCAAAAUUGACCACCCCGACGAGCUGACCGCGCUGCACAAUCUGGCAGACACUCUGUACCUCCAGGGCGAGCUGGUGGAGGUGGAGCGGCUGCAGCGAGAGCUUCUGCACCGUCAGAGAGAGAAGCUCGGCUGCUGCCACCCGGAGGCGCUCGAGACGAUGGGCGUGCUGCUUCCGGUGAGCAUCACCGCGGCUGGGCUCUCCGCGAUGCUGGAAGAGCACAUCGAGGGCACUUUCGAGAACCUCUUCGCCGUCGAGUCGCCCCAGUACGGCGCGUGA